GUGUGACGUACCCGAACCUUGCGCAAUAUCCGGCUUAUAGCCCGUCUAUAGCCCAUAUUCAAUAUGGCGUCGGCCACUGAGGGUGCUGGGUUGUCGGUUGACGAAGAAUCACCAGUUUCACAGAAAAGAGAGGAGAGGCUGAGGAAGUUCCGCGAGCUUCACUUCAAAAGGAAUGAAGCUCGCAAGCUGAACCACCAGGAGGUGGUGGAGGAGGACAAGCGCAUGAAACUCCCAGCUAACUGGGAGGCCAAGAAAGCCAGACUGGAGUGGGAGCUGCAGGUGGAUGAGAAGAAGAAGGAUUGCGUGGCCCGUGGUGAAGACUAUGACAGGGUGAAGUUGCUGGAGAUCAGCGCGGAGGACGCAGAGCGAUGGGAGCGGAAGAAGAAGAGGAGGAACCCGGACCCUGGCUUCUCGGGCUAUGCGGAGGCCCAGUUACGGCAGUACCAGCGGCUCACCAGGCAGAUUCAGCCCGACAUGGAGAACUACGCGCGUCAGCGGGAGGAGUGUGGGGAGGAUUUCCACCCCACCUCCAACAGCCUGAUUCAUGGGACCCACGUUCCCACCAAGGAGGGCAUCGACCGCAUGGUGGAGGAUGUAGAGAAACAGAUUGCAAAAAGGUCGAAGUACAGCCGGCGCCGGGCCUAUAACGACGAUGCGGAUAUCGACUACAUCAACGAGAGGAAUGCCAAGUUCAACAAGAAGGCGGAGCGCUUCUACGGGAAGUACACGGCUGAGAUAAAGCAGAACUUGGAGCGCGGCACAGCUGUCUGAUGCCCCCAAUCCCCAGUCUGCUCUGUGUUCCUGCCUCGCUGCCUUUCUGCUCGUGCCCCCAGACCUCCGAACGGGAACUUUUAAAAAUGCUUUCUGUCCUUUUGUUUGUGCGAAAGAGAGGAUCUCGGAUGCAAUAGCAUUCCUGUGGUUCUGUUGCUUAAUAAAAUGUUGGAAUGUU